AUGAGUUCCAGUAGAAGGAUUAAAAAUGUGUCGAUAUCGGUACCUAUAUUAUAUGGUAAUCAUGCAGAGAAGUUAACUGAUGAUAAAAGAACAGCCAUUACACCCCCAGAUCAUACUCACGAAUGGACAGUGUUCCUUAAACCUGUUUUAGAUGGAGUUGAUUUAACUCCUUUGAUAAAGCGAGUAACUUUCAAAUUACAUGAAACCUAUGACACACCAGUAAGAUCCAUAGAAAGUCCACCUUAUCAAGUCACUGAAACAGGGUGGGGGGAGUUUGAGAUCAUCAUAAAGAUUCAUUUCCAUCCAGGAAGUGAAUUAGGUAUCAAUGAAAAAAACUUUCAAAUAUUUCAUGGUUUAAAGUUACAUCCAUUCAAUCCUAAAGCUCCACCGAGAGAGAAUGGUGAAGUUCAUUCAGUAUUAUAUGAUGAAUUAAUAUUCCAAGAACCCACAGAAGCAACAUUUGAAAUCUUAACUAGGAAGCCAUUUAAUUUACUACCUGAAACAAUUGAAGAUGAAGAAAAGAAAGAUCAAGAAUUCAGUAGAGGUGACGAGUCAGAUGAACUAGCAAGAUUAGAUGUGUUCAUUCAUAAAAUCAAACAAGAAAUCGAAACUCAAAAGAAUAAAUAUCAAGAUUUAGAACAAGAAAAAAUUGCUUUAUUGCAAUGA